UUCAUUUUUCUGGUUUUGUUUCUUUGGAAACUCCGCUCGACCUCGACCUGCAUCAAUUCUCAUUAAAAAAAGAGAGAGAAAAAAAAGAGGUUUUUUAUAUAUCCGACCCUCUCUCUCGGUUUUUUCAUUUUCUUCAGAAAAAAGGAAAAAUAAAAUAAAAUAAAAUAAAAGAAGAAAGAAAACCCUAAACAAACAACAAUUCGAAGAAUCUCAGUGCAAUUGCAAAGUGCAAAGUGCAAGUGCUCUCUCUGCUAUAUGUGAGCUGGCAUGGAUGAUUUUGACCUAGAACUGGAUGAGAUGGAAUUGAUUGCAGUUGCUGCCGGCUACAGCUACUAUAACAAUGUUACGAGCAAACCUUGUCGUAGCUUGUCACCCAAACAAGGAUGUGGCUUUAUGACUGAAGUGCUGAAUGGUCAUGACCACAUUUGUCGGGAGAUGUUUCGGAUGGACAAACAUGUAUUUCACAAGCUGUGCGACAUUCUUCGACAGAGAGCCAUGUUGCGGGAUACUGCUGGUGUUAUGAUAGAGGAGCAGCUGGGAAUUUUCCUCAACAUUAUCGGUCAUAAUGAGCGCAACAGAGUAAUCCAAGAGAGAUUCCAACACUCAGGUGAAACCAUUAGCCGAUAUUUUAAUAACGUACUGAAGGCAAUCAAGUCAUUGUCACGUGAAUUCUUACAGCCACCACCUCUCACCACCCCCGCCGAAAUCCUCUCAAAUCAAAGAUUCUAUCCGUAUUUCCAGGACUGCAUUGGAGUCAUUGAUGGAAUGCACAUCCCUGCUCAUGUCCCAGCCAAAGAUCAAUCCCGUUUCCGUAACCGAAGAGGUGUUCUUUCACAAAAUGUGUUGGCAGCUUGCACGUUUGACCUAAAAUUUAUAUUCAUUUAUCCUGGUUGGGAAGGCUCUGCUGCAGAUUCCCGUGUAUUAAGGGCAGUUCUCAAUGAUCCGGAUCAAAAUUUCCCCCAGAUUCCAGAAGGCAAAUAUUACCUUGUGGACUCGCGAUACUCGAAUAUGGAAGGGUUUAUUGCUCCGUAUCAGGGAGUCCGGCAUCACCUCCAUGAAUUUAGAGGUGCUAAUCAGUUGCCCAGAAAUGCAAAGGAACUAUUCAAUCACAGGCAUUCUUCUCUAAGGAAUGCCAUUCAGAGGUCUUUUCAGGUUUUGAAGACUCGAUUUCCCAUACUCAAAGUCGCUCCUCAGUAUGCAUUUCACAUUCAAAGGGACAUAGUCAUUGCUGCGUGUGUUAUGCAUAAUUUCAUCCGCCGCGAGGAAGAGAAGGAUUGGCUGUUCUCUAGUGUGGAAGGGGUGAAAGUGGAUGAAUUGCCUGAGCUAGAUGAACAACCUGAAAUCCAGUUGGUUUCUUCAAUACAAGAACAAGUUGCCUUUUCGAUGAGAGACUCGAUUGCCGCUGCAAUGUGGGAUAACUUCAUUAAUAAAUGGGAUGACUGGUGACUGUUUGUGAUGGUAAGCUUUCUUGAGAGAUGACCCUCGUGACGUGGCGUACAACUGCUAACUUGUUACUUUGCUAAACCUAGGUGGAAAUUUUGCUUCGUUGGCAGGACAAUUGUUCUUCCGUGCACUUGUUUUGUUAACUGUAAGUUUCUGUUGCUUUUGGCUCGUCCUUCUUCUCUUUAUAUGUUUUGCGUACAAUCAUGCUAUGCUUUUUGUAACGCGUUGCUGCAUGUAAAUAAUAUCAUGUGAUUGGGG